AUGUCUUGUCCCGAUUGUGCAAAAGGUGGUUUACAUGAGGGCACGCCAGAGGGAAGAGAGGAAGUGCUUCAUGGCUUUCAAACAUAUGUUACGCGGCCAUCCCCUGGUACCCAGAUCAAGGGUGAGAUAGUAUAUCUACCUGAUGCACUUGGUUGGAAAUUCAAUAACAGUCGGAUACUGGCUGACAAAUAUGCCAAACGCACAAAUUCGAUCGUCUAUCUCCCAGAACUCAUGGAUGGCCAUGCCAUGGACAUUAGCAUGUUCGCGAACAUGGAUACUCUAACUGGUAAUGGAUCAGUUCUAUGGAAAGUUGGCCCUUUGAUAAAUGCCAUCGCGGGUUUCGUUCCCUUCAUCUACUACAACCGUCUCGCAGUCGCCACUCCCCGCGUCACCCAAUUCCUGACAUCUAUUCGCGCCGCCCAGAGCGAACCACUCCCUAUCGGUGCCGCCGGUUUCUGCUGGGGCGGAAAAUUUGUCUUUCUCCUCUGCGGCGAGACGCUCAAGUUCAAUGGACGCCCCUUGAUCGAUUUCGGCUUCACGGCUCAUCCCAGUAAUCUGGUGCUACCACUCGAUGCGGAGAACGUGAGGUUACCGAUAAGUGUUGCAGUGGGAGACAUCGAUGUCAUGGUGCCAAUAAAGAAGGCCGAGGAGAUGAAGAGUAUUCUGGAAGGAAAGGGGGGAAAUGAGGUCGUGAUUAUUCCUGGUGCUGCACACGGAUUUGCAACAAGGGCGAAGCCGGAGGAUGAGAAGGGCACUCAGAAGGGUGUGCAGGCGGAGGACCAGGCUGUCAACUGGUUUAACAGGUGUUUUGAUGGGUACAAGAAGCCUGCGACCUAG